CACAACCCGAACCCACCAUCACAAUUCACAAUACAAGUUUACGUAUAUCUUAAACAUACCCAAAAAAUGGUGUCAACAACCAAAACUUAUUUCCUUUUCCUUUCAAGUGUUUUUCUCUCUUUGGUUUCUUCUCUGAAUGCUCUUUUACCACUACAAACCUACAUUGUACAACUACACCCACAAAGUGUAACCACGUCUUACUUCGCUUCGAAGCUUGAUUGGCACCUCUCUUUCCUCGAGAGAACGGUGUCAGUAGAGGAAGAAGGUGAGUAUUCCUCUCGCCUUCUUUACUCGUAUAGUUCAACCAUUGAAGGCUUUGCUGCUCUUCUAUCAGAGCCGGAGUUAGAGACGUUAAAGAGGAUGCAUGGUGUUAUAGCGGUUAGACCUGAUAGGAGGCUUGAGUUGCAUACUACUUACUCCUACAAGUUUUUAAAACUUGAUGCUCCUGGAGUUGGGGCUUGGUCUAGGUCCAAGUUCGGGAGGGGGUCGAUUAUUGGUGUUUUGGAUACAGGGGUUUGGCCUGAGAGUCCGAGCUUUAGUGAUCAUGGGAUGCCGGCACCUCCUAAGAAAUGGAGAGGAGUUUGUCAACAAGGCCAGGACUUCAAUUCUUCGAGUUGCAACAGGAAGCUCAUAGGUGCUCGCUUCUUUAUCAAAGGUCAUCGUGUGGCUAAUUCACCAUUGUCCCCAGAGUUAAACCCUGAGUACGUGUCGCCUCGUGAUUCUUCAGGGCAUGGGACCCACACAUCAUCCACGGCUGGGGGGUCACCGGUUCAAAUGGCGAGUGUGUUAGGCAAUGGAGGUGGGAUUGCACAAGGGAUGGCCCCAGGUGCUCAUGUUGCUGUCUACAAAGUGUGCUGGUUUAAUGGGUGUUACAGCUCUGAUGUAUUAGCUGCAAUGGAUGUUGCAAUAAGAGAUGGUGUGGAUGUUCUCUCUCUUUCUUUGGGAGGAUUUCCAAUCCCUUUCUAUGAUGACACUGUUGCAAUUGGUAGCUUCCAUGCUGCAGAAAAGGGUAUUUCUGUAAUCUGUGCAGCUGGAAACAACGGUCCUAGUAUUAACUCAGUUGCCAAUGAAGCUCCCUGGGUUACUACUGUUGGAGCAAGUACCCUUGACAGGAGAUUUCCUGCUUACGUCAGAAUGGGAAACGGGAAAUACCUCUAUGGGGAAUCCUUGUUCCCGGGAAAUCAUUUCCCAAAGGCUGAGAGAGUGCUUGAAGUAGUCUACGCAGCAGGUGGUGAUAUGGGAAGUGAGUAUUGUCUAGAAGGUUCCCUUUCUCGAGCACAAGUUGCAGGGAAAAUGGUGGUAUGUGAUAGAGGUGUAAAUGGAAGAGCAGAGAAAGGUGAGGUUGUCAAAAGAGCUGGAGGAGCUGCAAUGAUUCUAGCAAACACAGAAGUUAAUCUCGAGGAAGAUUCAGUUGAUGCUCAUGUCUUGCCAGCUACUUUAAUCGGUUAUUCAGAAUCACUUCAACUAAAGAGUUACAUCAACUCUACAAAACCAAGACCAACUGCAAAGAUUCACUUUCUAGGGACUGUUACAGGAAGAUCACAAGCACCAGCCGUGGCUCGUUUUUCAUCCAGGGGUCCAAGCUUGAAUAACCCUUCAAUCCUCAAGCCAGAUGUGAUCGCACCAGGUGUAAACAUCAUAGCCGCCUGGCCACAAAACUUGGGGCCUACUGGCCUUAUAGAAGAUUCUAGAAGGGUGAAUUUUACUGUUAUGUCAGGGACUUCAAUGGCUUGUCCUCAUGUUAGUGGUAUUGCUGCUCUUAUCCACACUGCUCACCCAAAUUGGUCCCCUGCUGCAGUUAAGUCUGCAAUGAUGACAACAGCAGAUGUAACUGACCACUAUGGGAAACCAAUCAUGGAUGGAAAUACUCCGGCAGACCAUUUUGCAAUCGGUUCUGGACAUAUCAACCCUGCUAAAGCGGUUGAUCCAGGAUUAGUAUAUGAUAUCAGACCGGCAGACUACAUCACACAUCUAUGCAGUCUUGGAUAUACAAGGUCUGAAAUUUUCACGAUCAGCCGUAGGAACAUAAGCUGCAAAGAGAUACUGCACAAAAGCAAGGGGUUCAGUUUAAAUUACCCUUCAGUUACUGCUGUCUUCAAGGGGAAGGAGACAGUUAAGGUGAUCAACAGAAGUGUAACUAAUGUGGGCAGACCAAAUUCCAUUUACUCAGUGGAAAUCAGAGCUCCUGAAGGUGUCAGAAUCGUAGUCAAACCAAAGCGAUUAGUAUUUCGAAGGACUAAUCAAACAUUAGGCUACAGAGUCUAUGUUAUAGCCAAGAAAGGAGCAAAGCCAGUUAGCUCUGUUCAAGGAGAACUGCAAUGGGUACACUCUCGUCGAAACCUAUACAGGGUUAGAAGCCCAAUUACAGUGUCUUGGGUAAGCAAGCAAUCAUAUUGAAGAACGUUUCAUAGUUGCUAGGGAAAGGAAUACAUUCCUCUGACCUGCUACUGAUUCAGAAGGAUUUGUAACAUGUUCUUUAUGUUAUUUGAGCUUUGGUCCCUAAAUUACUGAUAGAGAAUUUCUUUAGAGUACAAGAUUACUUCAUUUAUGUUGGUACUUGAUGCUGAUACCAUAUUAAUGAAUGCUGAUUCAAAUAUCUAUUAUUUGAAAUUUAUGUCUUACAUUGAAUGAUAUAGUCACUCA